CUGUACUGCCUACACGCUGUAUGUUUGUGUCAGUUCGUGCAUGUUCUCCUUGCUUUAUGUUCUUGCAUGCUCACACCAAAUGGAUGUGUGGACACAGAUAACAACCAUCUCAUAGUACUUUCUCGAUUAUAUAUCUCUUUAUCAGUGAUUGUGCCUAUGCCCUGGCAGAUUUGCUCUAAUGGCAUCUACAGUCAUAUUGCUGUUUGCUGGAUUUAAGUAACCCUCUUGGAUACAGAAGCAGAUCAAUACACACAGCUCUGCAGUAGUUGCUGGAGUACACUAACUGGUGUAUGCGGUUCUGAGAAUGCAGAAAGGAAGGGGCAUGUGGACCCCAGAGAAAAGGCUUUUAUCUCACCUGGCCUUGCACUGAGUAACUCAUCUUCCAUCCUCUACUGCAGCAGCCACUGUCUGUAACCAGUAGGAUGGUGGCAGUGGAAGUAAGUGGGCACAGCUACCUGGUGGCGUGCUGGCAGCCCAUCCUAAUUCUAAUGCUUGCAACUGUGCUGUCCGGCUCUACAACAGGCUGCCCAUCCCGCUGCGAGUGCAAUGCCCAGGAGCGUGCUGUUGUGUGCCACCGUAAAAAGUUGAUGUCAGUUCCUGAGGGUAUUCCAUCUGAGACAAGAUUCCUAGACCUCAGUAAGAACCGCAUUAAAACAAUUAACCCAGAGGAGUUCUCUGGGUUUCCCAACUUGGAAGAGCUGGAAUUGAAUGAAAACACCAUAUCCACCAUCGAACCUGGGGCCUUUAACAACCUGUAUGGCCUUCGGACUCUCGGGCUGCGCAGCAACAAGCUUAAACUUAUUCAGCUGGGUGUAUUCACAGGCCUCAGUAACCUUACCAGGCUUGAUAUCAGUGAGAAUAAAAUAGUUAUCCUGCUAGAUUACAUGUUCCAGGAUCUCUAUAAUCUACGCUCUCUGGAAGUGGGUGAUAAUGACCUGGUGUUUAUAUCCCACCGAGCAUUCCAUGGCCUCAACAGCCUGGAACACCUGACACUGGAAAAGUGCAACCUGACCUCUGUUCCCACAGAGGCCUUUACUCAUUUGCACAGCCUCAACACUUUGUGUCUGCGCAACCUCAACAUUAACAUCAUCAGAGAUUAUUCCUUCAAACGCCUCUCCCGUCUCAAAGUUCUGGAGAUUGCUAAUUGGCCAUACCUGGACACAAUGACUACUAACUGCUUGUACGGAUUGAAUCUUACAUCCUUAACAAUCACCAAUGCAAAUUUAACUUCGAUCCCAUAUGUGGCACUCAGGCACCUGGUUUACCUAAGAUUCUUAAAUAUGUCUUACAACCCCAUUUCCAUCAUUGAGGGGAACAAGCUCCAUGACCUGCUCAGACUGCAGGAGUUUCACUUGGUUGGUGGUAGACUGGCUGUAAUAGAGCCAUACUCGUUUAGAGGACUCAACUAUCUAAAGAUCCUGAAUGUGUCUGGGAAUGCUUUAACCACUUUGGAAGAAUCGGCUUUCCACUCAGUGGGGAACCUGGAGACACUGGUGCUGUACGACAACCCUCUGGCAUGUGACUGUCGGCUUCUCUGGGUAUUCCGUCGCAGAUGGAGGCUCAACUUCAACCGCCAGCAACCCACAUGCGCCUCACCUGAGUUCGUCCAGGGAAAAGAGUUCAAAGAUUUCCCUGACAUCUUACAGCCUAAUUACUUCACAUGUCGCAAAUCAAGAAUCCGGGACCGCAAAGCACAGCAGACGUAUGUGGACGAGGGAACUACUGUGCAUUUUGCAUGUCAGGCAGAUGGAGAUCCAGCCCCAGUUAUCAUGUGGCUUUCCCCACAAAAACAGUUAAUUACCCCAAAAACGAUAGGAAGACUUACCAUGUUUUCUGAUGGUACUUUAGAGGUGCGCUACGCUCAGAUCCAAGACAAUGGGACAUAUGUGUGUAUUGCAAGUAAUGCAGGUGGAAAUGACACUGGUGUUGCUCACCUUCAUGUCCACAGCUAUUCUCCUGACUGGCCCAACCAGCCCAACAAAACCUUUGCUUUCAUUUCUAACCAGCCCAGUGACAGCGGAGCCAAUGGGACAAAAGCUACUGUUCCUUUCCCCUUCGACAUCAAGACUCUUAUCAUUGCCACCACCAUGGGAUUCAUCUCCUUCCUUGGUGUGGUAUUAUUCUGUUUGGUACUGCUGUUUCUGUGGAGCCGGGGUAAAGGUAACACUAAACACAACAUCGAGAUUGAGUAUGUACCACGUAAAUCAGACGCAGGACUAAGCAGUGGUACUGCUGAUGCACCUCGGAAAUUUAAUAUGAAAAUGAUUUAAUCCAUGCAAGGAGUGUUAAAGACACUGAAUGAUUGUGAGUAAAAUAUGAAACCCACCCUAACUAACCACUGGAUCCUGCAACUUUCUUAUAGAGGAAGUGUUUAUGAUGUUGUGUGUUUGAUGUUGAAAAAGGAGGAGAAAAAUACUGCAUUUCUCUGUGAUGACAUUUUCUGCUUGGCCUUCAGGGACCAUUUAUUGAAAGACAAUUUUGUUGUAAAACAUUCAAGUGGAAUUUUAUGGGCAAAAGGAAAAGACUAAUGAACCCUUCUCAAUGUUCGUGUGAACCGCCAAAACACAAAAGACCAAUGUCUUCAUUUGCUGUCCUUUUGCCUGCAUUAUGUGUUAUUGUAUCAUUUCUUUUUAAUAUUCAAACUGAGAUAGUUUUAUCAUACAGCAGCAGUAGACAUUUCUGGGUUGAUAAGCACAUUAACUAGUUCAGUACUAUGCUAAAAAAUAUAAUUUGUUUCAGAUGAUCACUGCCACACUCCUUGAAUACUGUUGGUAUCCAAAUCACAUACACUGUACAGAGCAUUUUUCAAGAGUGUCUUACCAUCCUUUUACAUUCAGUUGAGCAUUUCAUUUUGCUUUUAAUUUCUUCUUUUUAUUUAUAUUUUUACUAACAUGUAGAGACAAAAAGAAUAGCCGAAAAACACACAGUGCUUGAAUUAGCUGGUAUAAAUUAAAAUCAGUUUUAUUUAUCUAUACAGUUUUGAGAAUAAAGAAUGAAAGUCUGAACACAUUGAUAAGUUCUACAACCUUAAGGCAUUGAAAUUUUUAAUUUUUCAAAUCUCGCAACAUAGUUCCCUGCAUGGUGACGUUCAUCUCUCACAUGGCUGCAUUCAGCACCUUCAGCUUUUGCUACAGGAUGCCAGAUGUGGUGCCAUCACACGUCCACUAGAUUCCUCACUACAGUGAAGCUGCAUAGCUUUUGAUUUCCAUUCUGAAUGGUUUCUUUUCAGCUCUGUGAGGCCUGGACUCUGCAUUGGUCAGUAACACAUUUGGAAAUUGAAUGUAAAAUCAAAUUAUACAGAUUGUACAGACUGUAUGGGUAUUCAAUAAUUUCAUCCUUGACAUACCUAUAUGAUUACAUAUUUUAAAAUUUCUUUCAGAGCAAAAAUGUAUUAUGUAACGUGAGGAAAAUGUAUUUACAGAGGUUUUGCAGCAACACUGCGAGUGUUAGUGUGUCACAGACGAUAAAAGCCUGUCAAGCUCCAAUAUGCAAAUGUGCAAUUGCAGGCCAUGAAAAUUACAGAGGAGUGCAUGAAGUACAGGAGACAGUUAGAAGCUGAUUUUCAGAUGUGUGGAUCCAGUGUUAUGACAGAAGUAGUUAAAUUUGGUGACAGUUUAUUUAUAGGGUGCAUGCAUAGGGCACAUUCAUAAGCAUUGCAUAAGUAUUUUAUAAAGCCAUGAUGGAGAGUUCAUAAAAGCUUGAUUUCAACUCUGAAGUGACAUCAAUGUUUUUUAUGUGAUUUUAGAUGAAACAGAGAACAGAGAAAAUCCCCCAGUUAUCAUUAUUCUUAUGAACAGCGCAUUUAUGACCUUAUGUGUAAAGGGUAUAUAUAACAGUGCUUAUACGUGUUAUAAAUGAGAAUUUGACUAUCACUUUAGUUUGAAGACAUUAAAUCGUUCAUUUUGCUGGCACAUGGGAUUUGUAAAAGUAAAUGGACCACCAGCAUUUCAGUUGACAUGUAUUCAACUCCUAUAAAAAGUAGAUCAAGUAAGUGUACAAACUGCCAAAAAGGAACAACGGCAGGCUUCAUGAAUACCUCCAUGUGUUAUUAGUAAAGACAAAAUCGCUUCCAAGAUAAUAUUUUUUUAAAAAUCGAUAUAGUCAUAAAAACUCAAGCCAUAAUGGUAAUUGAAGGUUUCUCCUAAUCUCUCUUUCAUAUAAAGCAAAAGCAGUAUGCUUCAUGAAAAUUCAGCUCAUGAAUUUUGACAUAAGCCUUACAUAAAUCUUAAGGUAUUACUUCAUAUAUUUAUGCAAUGCUUGUGAGUGUUAUAAAGGCCCGAUAUAUGUACCCUCCAAAUAAAGUGUUACUGUAGGUAGUGUAAAAAAAGAUGUGAUAGGGCUGUAGGGGGCAUUUAAUUGAGGACAGCUUUAAUGAUUUUUGGCAGACAGUGAUAGGAUAGGUAAAAGGUUUAUUCUCAAACCUCACACAAUUCAGAGCAACUUAAAAGCACAGCAGCAAGUAGGAGUUUAACAGAUAAAUCUGUAUUUACUUACAGAUAUAAGAUAAGAGGCACUUUAAAAAAAUCUCACAGCUGCCUUCUGUUAUGCUGAUUUCACACUAUAGCUCAGCUCUAGCUGAAUGCUAAUAGCUAGCUGCUAGCUACCAUCUCUCGUAGACUAGUAGCAAAUAAGUAGUGUCUAAUAUUAACUAUUUAGACACUGAGCAAGGAGCUGCAUUGCUGCAUUAGCAUAACAAUCACAGAUGUGGCACAGAUGUCAUGGUGGAUAGAAAUAUGUUGCACUGUGACUCAUGCUGUCAUGUGGUCAUAGUCUUGCUGACUAGCUAUUGCUAAUGAGAGACUGAUAUGUGGAAUAUGUAAGUGGCUAAGUAAACUCUUUGACACAUCUGCGAGGAGCCGUAGAUGAGCCACUGGAAUCCCAUCAACCUGAAACUCAAACAUACAGUGCUUCAUGGUGUUCAAAAUGCUGUGUGCCUCUUUGUUAAUAAUAUCAGUUUAUCAGAGGAAGAGGGCAGGUGUGAGUAGGCUCCUAGGUGUUUUUAAAUUGUAAACGGCUUUUUCAUUUCUCCCAUAGCUUCUUACUUAUCCUAAUUUGAUUGAUAAAGUUCUACUUGGACCAAUAAUUUCUUUUUCUUUUUUUCUCUCUUUGGCAAUAUUAGCCUACUGAAUACUUUUCUAGAACAUGCGACACAUGUAAAGAACAAAUACAUUAAAUACAUAAAAAAAUAAAAUAAAACCUAUAAAUAGUACUUGAACCUAUAAAUAAAACCAAUAAAUUAAUAACCUUCAAAACUCAAUAUUAGGGAAAGCUAGUUAACAUUGGCCUGUUAUAUGAAUAUUACAUGUAAGCAUGGAAUGUGGGCUCUUGUUUCCACAAAGACAAGAUGAUAUAUCAGUGAUGGUAUUAUUUUCCUUUAAUUCACUGUCUGAUGACAAUUUCAAAAAUCAGAAACAGAACAGUUUAGAUGUCUCUACUCAUUUAUUAGCAACAUUAAUGAAUAAGAGCCAUUAUGUUUGUUUCUAUGCAUCUCUUUAUGUGGCAUAGAAAUGAAGACUUUAAUGCUUAUUCUGAUUCAUAUAUUGUUGUGCAAACAGAAUGUGGAUAUAACAAAAUUCAAGGAGCUUAAGGGAGCCAUAUUUUUUGUAUUCUAUAUUAUAUUACAGUUAUAUGAUUAAUUUAUAUAGCAUCUUUGAUUAUGAUAUAUUAGCCAGCAGGUCUUAGAAAAGUUGCUAUAUAUGCUAUGUUUGGUCUUGAAAUGACAGAGUGACACCAGUUCUCUUUUUGGCAUUUGUUAAUGCCAUUUUAUGUUUACAUAACAAAACAUCUCCUGGUUACUAGUUUUGGAUUUAAAAGCUUUACAAUUUCAUCAUUGUAGCAGGUAUGUUACUGAAUGAGUGACUAUGGAUAAGCAUUAAUUUUAUAAAAGUUAAUGUGCUUGACAACCCUGAUGUUCAUGUUGCCUGUAAUAAUUUGCUGCAAUCCUAUGAUCCAAAAAUGACUGAUUUGUUUAAAAAUGUUUAAAUUUCAAUCUAUCACUAUUUGAAUAAACAUUCCCAAAACAGUCCCAAUUUUUUUUUAAAUAUGACAUGUAAAAAUGAAAUACUUUUCCAUAAUAAUAUGAGUUGCACAAGCAGUUAAAGAGCGGAUAAUGAAAUUAUACUGAAUGUUAUUCUGGCUAUCCAGGAGAGUAUAUGUGUGUGUUGUUCUUACCUUAGUGAAAGUCUUUUUAUGUGGUUGUCAGAGCUUUGUGGAUGUAAGGGGGAUAAAGCAGGAUUGAGUGUCGGUUUAUAGACAAAGUGGGUUAAAUGCCAGAGCAAUUAUUUUGUUGCUCUUAUGCUGAUGGGAUGCACAGAUGAUGGAGGAGCACAGAUGGUUUCACUUAUGUUGAUACAUUUAAAAGAAAAUUCGAUUCACAUACAGGAGUGAGAUGCUCAGACACCUUAUAACACCAUUUGUUGAUGCUUUUUAUGUUUCAAACCUCCAAACCUACUGUGCUCGUUCUGUGCAAACUCUUCUUCAAAAAAGACCAAGAAAAAGCUAUCUACUCAUUUCUUUCUACCUACAUCCCAAGAUGUUAAAUAAUGUGGUCCACAACAUUCUUUUAUAUUGGGGGAAAAAAAUCUCAAAUAUGAAAAAAAAAUGUUCUGAUUGUUUUGUGCAAUAAAAGGUAAUAUGCAGUUUUUUAA